GAUGCCGUCAUCAGCAAGCUCUCAAGUGUGGCUGGCAAGCAGUAAGCCACACGUUUUCAAGUCAAUUUAAUGCUGUUAGCACACUCGCUACUCGCCUAUCUGACAGCAUAAGAUGUCUUCACUGCUCAAAGUGGAUAAUGAAAUUAAAACUAAGGUUGAUGCAUUUAGGGAGCGUAUCACUGCAGAGGCCGAGGACCUAGUUGCAAAUUUUUUCCCAAAGAAGUUAUUGGAGCUGGAUCACUUCCUUAAGGAUCCUAUCAUUAACGUAACGGAGCUGAAGGAGAUCCAUUCGGAGAUAAACCUGACGGUGCCUGACCCCAUCCUGCUGUCAAACCUCCACGAUGGAGUUGAUGGACAAAACGCCAAAAAGAGAAAGCUGGAGGACGAAGAUGCAGGGGACAAGGUGACUGGCACCAAGGUGUUUGUCAUGCCCGGUGGGAUGAUGAAGAGCAACGGCAACCUUGUUCUUCUUAUAGAAAAGGUCAAACCGGAGAUCCGGACGCUCAUAGAGAAAUGUAACACAGUGAAAAUGUGGGUGCAGCUGCUGAUUCCCAGGAUAGAGGACGGCAACAACUUUGGAGUGUCCAUCCAGGAGGAGACCGUUGCUGAGCUCCGAACGGUGGAAGGGGAGGCGGCAGCUUUCCUGGACCAGAUAUCCAGAUAUUACAUCACUCGAGCAAAGCUGGUUUCGAAAAUAGCAAAAUACCCCCAUGUGGAGGACUAUCGGCGCACGGUAUCAGAGAUCGACGAGAAGGAAUACAUCAGUCUGAAGAUCAUCGUAUCGGAGCUAAGAAAUCAAUACGUGGCGCUGCACGACAUGAUCCUGAAGAACAUCGAGAAGAUCAAGAGGCCUCGCAGCUGUAACGCCGACGCCUUGUACUGAUUGCCAUCGCCACCUACGCCGCCAGUCUGCCCGCCGCCCCCUGAGAGGCACCGUCAUUUCAGCACAAUCAAACCCCCAAACAUGGACACAACUCCUUCUGUUUGUUUGUUUGUUUGUUUUUUUAUGUACAAUGCUUUUUUCUUCUUUUAAACCUUUCAGAGAUGCAAGAACUCGGGGAAAGACGCAUUCUCAGCAACCGUGUCUUUUUUUUUAAUUUUAAUUAAACAAGGUUACGUACGCACACAUUGGAAUGGUUUCAUUUUUAGCUCUUACCAGAACGUUCCCAUGUCACCACUGCUGCUGCUGCUGGCCGGGCCACUUUUAUUGUCUUCUGUAUCUGAAGGAUAGUCCAGGCUUCACAGGGAAUGUUUUACGCCGUUCUGUCUGCUUGUAGGUCCUAAAAAAAAGAAGAAAUCACCUCAGUAUCAUGAAAUAUUGAUUCUAUUGAAUAAACAUUUUUUUAAGAAA